GGUGUGUCCAGGUCACCACAGCAUGACAGACCAUACACCCCUCAUCUGUGACUAUGGUUCUGGCUUCAGCAAGGUGGGCUUUGCCGGAAGUGAGGCCCCUAUGGCUGUCUUCCCUACCGUCCUCGGGAAAGCGAGACAUAAUAACCUGCUAGUGGGAUUGGAAGAAGAAGACUGGUUCAUUGGAGCUGAGGCCCAGAACAAUCUAGUACAGCAGAACCUGCACUACCCCAUCUCUCGGGGAGCCAUCACCAACUGGGACAAUGUGGAGAAGAUUUGGCAUCACUCUUUCUACCAUAUCCUCCACAUUGCCCCCGAUCAGCACCCCAUAAUGAUAACAGAGCCACCGUUAAACAGCAAGGAAGUUAAGACAAAAAUGACUCAGAUCCUGUUUGAAACCUUCAACGUCCCCGCCCUGUACAUGGCUAAUCAAGGGGUCCUCUCCCUAUACGCUGCUGGCAGAACCUCUGGAGCAACUAUUGAAUCUGGAGAAGGGAUGACAUACUUCGUGCCCAUCAUUAAUGGCUAUCCUUUGCCACUGUCAACCACCAAGCUGGACAUAGCUGGCCAAGACCUGACUCUGUACCUCCUGAAACUUCUGUCAGACAAUGGGAACUCAUUAGUGGGCGUAGCUGACCGUGAGUACAUCCGAGACCUGAAAGAGAAACACUGCUUUGUGGCACUGGAGUACGACAUGGAGAUGUCAAAAACCACGGUACCCUCAUACCAGAAGAAAUUCCAGCUGCCAGAUGGCAAGGAGGUCAACCUAGGACAGGAGGCUUUCAUGUGCUCAGAGGGGCUCUUCAAUACCAGCCUCCUUGGAAGAAACAACCCCGGGAUCCACAUGCAAGCCCAGCAGAGCAUCAUGUCGUGCGAACACUCCUACUGGAAGACUCUCUUCAGCCAUAUCACGCUGUCUGGGGGCACUGGGGCCUUGUCAGGCCUACGAUUCCGGCUGCAGAGAGAGAUAGCAAAGCUGGUCUCUCCAGACAUCAGUGUGAAGGUGGCUGCCUCUCCAUAUGCCAAGUACGGUGCCUGGGUAGGUGCCUCCAUCUUGUGUUCUCUUCCUAUGUUCAAGGACAUGUGGGUCACAAGCCAUGAGUAUAGGGAAACUGGCUCUUCUGUCAUGUGUAGAAGAAACCUCUGA